GGUCCACGUGGACUGUCAGAAACAGACAGUGGAGCCUGUGGAGAUCUCAUUUGGUGCUUUGAAAAUGUUAGAGAUGAUCCCAAGGUCCCAGCUGUUGAUCAGGAUAACAGAGAUAGUAGAAGUUGGACAUUUCUGGGGUUACAGGAUAGAUGAAAAAAACAGGAUUGAACUGCAGGCUCUAACUUCCCAAAUUAACUGUCAGAACCUGAGGGAUUUAUCAGUGAUUCCACAUCCAGAUUUGCUUUGUUUGGCACCAUUCACUGAUCGGGGAAGCAGAGGAUACUACAGAGCUCGUGUCAUGUAUGUUUGUGGAGAUUCUGCUGAGGUUUUUUUUGUGGAUUAUGGCAAUCGAUCAAAAGUGCCUAUAAAUGAAUUAAAAGAGAUUCCAAGCUGUCUUCAAGGGCUUCCUUUCCGGGCUUUAGAGUUCAAGAUCUGCAAGAUGCGUCCGUCGGCCAAGUCUCUCGUGUGUGGGGAGCGCUGGAGUUACAGUGCCAGCCACAGAUUUGCCUCCUUGGUCAGUGGCUGUGCUCUCCUGGUGCAGGUGUACUCCCUUGUGCAUGAUAUCCUGCACGUGGACGUUCUCCGUUGCUCGCAACGCAAUGUCCCGGAGAACGUUCGGGAUGUGCUUAUUGCGGAAUGUCAUGCUGAGCUAGCAGAAGAAUCAUAUGAAUCACAACAAAGCCAUGAUUUGCUCGAGGGAGUAUUUUUGAAGAAAGUAAAGAAAGAAGAGCAAGUGCCUGUACCUUCAAGACAGGAAGAAAAGCAUCUCAUUCAAAGGCUGUUGGACUCUUUUUCUGACAAUAAAUCUGAUGCACCAACCCAUAAGGUAACACUUUAUGGCCCAUACAGUCCUUAUGAGCUGAAAUGCUAUGGUGUUACUAGAGCAUCCCAGUUCAGGAAUGCUUUCAUACAGAAGGACAGCAUCAACUCCAUUGGUGUCCAUGAUCCUGCAGAGGGUGCCUUGGAGCAGUUGUUGGUCGCUGCUUUUUUGUCAGUAAAUGCAAAUGGAUCUACUGUGAUCUUAGGGGAAACAUCUUUGAUGCCUCCUAUUCCUGGCCUGCUUGCAGUCUUCUCUAUGCUGUUUGCUCCUGCUAUACAGCUCAGGGUUGCUGAAAGUGGACAACAUUUUACUGGUGUUCUGUGUGGUUUGGGUUGGAAUCAGACUGCCAGGGCUCCCCUACUUCCAGAAAAUGACAUGGAGCUGACAUUUGAUGUGCAUUUUGGAGUGGAAGACGUAAAGGAGAUAAACAUCCUGAGGACAGCCAUUAAUAAGCUGCUCUGUGAAGGUGCAGUGUGUUGUGGACAAGAGCAAAUGACACAUCUGCAGGAAAACCUUCGUCAGAAGCUUCUGUGUUUAAUCUGCAGAGCAAAGCCUCGAGAUGUGAUUGCUCCUACCUAUUACAAGGAGCCAUAUGCAUGGAGACAG